GAGAGGCUCCAUUGAUGAGAAGUAGUUCAACGAGCGAUUCGAGAAUAGGGAUCACUAUAGCCAUUGUCAUCUUUCUUGUAUGCAUAUUUGCCGCCUUCUUCCCUAAUGGAGUUUUUGAUUCCAAUCGUCUUCAUCUCCUACUUGAUAACUCCUAUUCAAAGGCGGAAUCAGCUCCGUCCGAAUCAUCCGACUCCGAGCUAUUCAACACGUUGAAUGAUGAGGUUAUUUCAACCUCAGAGAAGAUUGCUGAACUGAACAGGCAGGUUAAGGAACUGACUGAAAAACUUGAAUUGGCCGAACAACACAACGAUAGCGCGCAACGAAAAGCCGGGCCUUUUGGCACUGUUAAGGGUAUAAGAACAAAUCAAACAGUUGUUCCUGAUGAAUCAGUUAAUCCAAGGUUAGCAAAGAUACUGGAAAAGAUUUCUGUUCAGAGAGAGGUUAUAGUUGUAGUUGCAAAUUCAAAUGUGAAAGACACGCUGGAGGUGUCGUUUAACAGUAUCAAGACAGUAGGCAUACCGAAUUACCUAGUGUUAGCUCUGGAUGAAGAGAUUUUCAAAUUUUGCCAAGAAAAUAAUGUCACAGUCUAUAAGAGGGACCCAGAUGAAGGCUUUGAUUCAAUUGGGAGAAGUCAUAAUAGCAUGGCUGUUUCGGGACUUAAAUUCCGUAUCCUGAGGGAGUUCUUGCAGAUGGGUUACAGUGUUCUUCUUUCAGACGUUGAUAUUGUGUACCUGCAGAACCCAUUUGAUCAUCUGGUUCGGGAUUCGGAUGUCGAGGCCAUGUCUGAUGGUCAUGACAAUAUGACAGCAUAUGGAUAUAUAGAUGUUUUUGAUGAUCCUGUAAUGGGUCGAUCUCGUUAUGUUUGUUCUACCCGUAUGUGGGUUUUCAACUCUGGUUUCUUCUAUAUGAGACCAACAAUGGCUUCAAUCGAGCUUUUGGAUCGGGUGACAGGUCGACUUUCUCGAGAGCCAAACCUCUGGGAUCAGAAUGUUUUCAAUGAGGAACUUUUUUUCCCUUCACAUCCUGGGUAUGAUGGUCUUCAUGCUACCAAGAGAGCAAUGGAUUUCUAUCUGUUUAUGAACAGCAAAGUCCUCUUUAAGAUUGUAAGGAAAGAUGCUGACCUCCUCAGCAAGUUGAAGCCAGUUAUUGUUCAUCUAAGUUAUCACCCUGACAAGCUUACGCGAAUGAAAGCAACAGUGGAAUACUAUGUUAAUGGCAAGCAAGAUGCACUGCAACCCUUCCCUGAUGGCUCAGGCUGAUAAAUUUUCUUCCUUGCAUAGUUCAUACUUUUGUUUUAACUAGAAUUUGCGACUUUGUGAAACCUUUCCAAGUUAGAAAUGUAACAAAUGCUUUCCUGCUAGGUUUAAGUGGAAUUUACUGUAAUUUAUAUAUUCCUCCCAACUCACAACGAAGAAAAAACCAACCUCC